AGUCAAAUUUCCGGAGUUGAGAUUUCGUUGAAUCAUGAAAAACGGUUUGGUUAAAUUCAGCUCGAUGGUUUGUUUUUUUAGCGCCCGCUUUUUUUUUUUGGCUCACACCUUAGCUGAAGUCCGAAACCCACGCGCAACGCACGUGUCAGCAAUCAUAUCUCUCUCCUCCUUUCCACUGGUGUCUACUGCUUCGUUUCGGAUCCAAGAACUCUCUCUUUCUCUCUCGAUUCUCCCUCUCUCUCCCCCUCCCUCUGCCAUUGUUACAUUUCAAUUUUCAGUUCCACUGUCUCUCUCCACUGCCCACGAGAGAAGAGAAAAGGUAAAGAAUACUGUCUAUCCAUCACCGAGUUUCUUGCUUUUUUGCGAAACAACGGAGCGACUUUCCUGAACUCAUCUUCCUCUUACUCUACUCGGUCAAUUCUUGAUUGGAUCGGUCCUACUGAUUCUUCAUCUUCCUUCUCUCUCCAAGAAAGUCUCAGCGCCCCUCUCUGUUUCUUUCUCUGUCUGGCGUUUUCAAUGGCAGCAGAGGAUGUGGUGAGAUCAAGAGAGGUCUCUGCAAUGAUAAAGCAAGGUUUCAUCCCCAGCCAGGCUCUCUCGUUCUCCCCUUCAAGGGCCACGGCCAGUGCUUCUUCUCUCGCAAGAGGAGCCUUUUACUCUCCCUCCUCUUCUCCUUCCAAGACCCUCUCUUCCCCUUCGCCCCCGCACUUCUCCUCCUCCGAGACGGCUCAACAGGUCCUAACUCGCCCGACUCUCUUCGACAUGAUGUCCCAAGAGCAGCACCGCCUAGAGUCCUCCAAUGCCCUCAAGUCCAGACUAUCAAAAAUCCUAUCCAAUGCGCCGUUUGUCAAUAACAUUGUGGCAAACAGUGUCGAUUGUGAUGGCGAUUUGAGGUUUGGAUCGGGUGAUGUGAGGCUCACGGUUGUCUCCCGGGACGGGUUUAGGGUUUCCAUGGACGUGCACAGGCGGGUUUUGUCGGAGAAGAGCCGAUACUUCGCCGAGAAGUUGAGGCGGGACGGAGGGAUUUCGCAUUCGGUGGACAUUGAGAUUAGUGAAUGUGAUGAUCUUGAGGCGUAUGUGGAGACAGUGGUUCUGAUGUACUCGGAGGAUUUGAAGAAGAGAUUGAUUGGGGAGGGUGUUGAUAAAGUUUUGGGUUUGCUCAAGGUAUCUUCUGCUAUUAUGUUUGACAUCGGGAUAAGUGCGUGCUUGGAGUAUUUGGAAGCUGUUCCAUGGUCCAAUGAUGAAGAAGAGAGAGUUAUAUCUCAUCUGAGGCAACUUCAGCUUCACGACUCAGCGGCUGAAGUUCUGCAGAGAGUGUCAGCUGAGCCAUCCACAUCUUCAGGAGCUGAUGAUAUCUUGUUAAGACUGUUGAGUGGGGUUUUACAGGCUAAGGAUGAUAAAGCUCGCCGAGAAAUGAAGAGCAUAAUUUCGCGGUUGCUGAGGGAAGAGGCAUCUGAUUGCAUCAGGGGUCUUGAUGUCUCUCGAGACAGUCUUUAUCAUCUUUGCCAUCGAUGUCUUAGUUCUCUUAUUCUAUGCCUAUCUGAAGCUGCAGGGCCUGAUGAAAACAGGCGAGAUAGAGGGACUUUGAUGGCAGAGAUAGCCCGGGAGGCUGACAAUAUGCAUUGGAUUGUUGAAAUUCUAAUUGACAAAAGUAUGGGAGAUGAGUUUGUGAAGUUAUGGGCAGAUCAGAAGGAACUUGCCAUUCUUCAUUCAAAAAUACCUACUGUCUAUCGACAUGAAAUUAGCCGAAUAACAGCACAACUUUGUGUUGCGAUGGGGAAAGGACUUAUCUUGGUGCCAAAGGACACUCGUCUUUCUUUGCUCUCUACGUGGCUUGAAGCCCUCUAUGAAGAUUUUGGAUGGAUGAGGAGGGCUUCAAGAUCAAUGGAUAAGAAGCUACUUGAAGAUGGUCUCGGGCAAACGAUUCUGACCCUUCCCUUGCCACAACAGCAAGCUAUUUUUCUCAAUUGGUUUGAUAGAUACUUAAACAAGGGAGAUGAUUGUCCCGAUAUUCAGAAGGCAUUUGAGAUUUGGUGGAGAAGAGCUUUCAUAAGGCAGCAUGGGCCUGAACUGAAUAAUUCUCAUUUGCAAAUUGCUGUAUGUGGAUACCCAAACUGAAUAAAGCCACAGGGAAUCAAUUGUACAUGCAAUUUUUUCAGUCCAUGUCUGUUUUGCCUAUAAUUUGAUUUAGAUGAGAUACAUAUGAUGCUGAGAAUAAUUUCACAUUAUUACCACAUCGGAAGUUGAAUUGGCAGACAUCUUUUAGAAGCAAGGACAGUGUUGUGCUGUAUUUACCUUGGCAUACUCCAUAGCAGAUGAGUAGGCUUGCCAGGUUUAUCAAAGUUCUAUAAUCCUCAAUCUGGGUUAGUGGCAACCUUGAUCUUUGGAGUUCACAAACAAUGUUCAUUUAGUCCACUUCUCUGAAUUCUCUCAGUCAGUCCUUAAAUUGUUGUCAUCA